UCGCACGCCCAGAAUGGAGCGUGCCGCUACGGUAGCCAUGUGGCAGGGGAGUAUACCGUAUCUGUCUGCGGGCAUGUUGUGUAGUAGCCACUCGAGCCUGAAGGUCGUGCCUGGGUCGGGGCUGGAGGCGGUGCCGGCUGACAACAGGCCGGUGUCCAUCUGUGCCUGGCUGGCGGGGAAGAAGCUCAAGGUGGGCAAGUUCGCCCGCGCCGGCAUCGUGGGCAGGCUCUACCUGGAGCCGCUGGAGAAGACGCCAAAGACACCAAAGACACCAAAGCAGGAGUAAAACGCAGUUUGCGGGUGCAAAGGUGCCUGGCGGGAUUGCGGGACCAAUGUGCGGCAGCGUGGAAGGUGCGGCAGUUGGCGUUGAGCACUUGACCUGGUAGUUGAAAUCACUGUGCGAAUGGAGAGCGUAUUUAGCGCGUGGCGUGAUUCUGCGGCCGGACUGUUGGUGACUGGCUCGUGAACUGCGUCAGCAGGUCCCUCUUGUAACCAAUGCAAUCUGUUGGUUCCUGGUUUGUGCGUGCUGAGACCGUUAGCACUGCAUGCUCGGAGCUGCAUCCUGGCUGGCCAUGACCCGAUGACCCGAUGACCGUGCAUGUGUGGCGUGUCACUACGUACUGGAGGGAUGGAUUGGAGCACGGCAACUAGCGUUGUAGCAGUACCUAGCCCACCCCGGACAUAACUCACUGUAGAGACUGGCAAGGGGUUGGAGAUGUCCAACGGAUGAGACUUGGGUGACCGCGUAUUCACUAGAAGACUCGUAAGAGGCAUAAGUUAGGGCCCAGCCCUGUCUCGAACAGGGGUCGUAACAGUAGAUCUAUUACCAGUGGCCGGAACACUGGGCGUGGUGAUGGCUUAACUCGGCGCCAUCGGCCGUGCCUCUCAUCGUGUCUCAUCUUGGCGGGCGUUCCGCCCACAAGCGUGCAGUGCCACACAACGCACAAACCGCAAGUUGCCCUAAUGUGGCGUGUUGGAUGGUAACGGGUUGGAACUGAUGACAAUCAUGUGGCCACAAUAGACAUUCCCCAGCAAACAGCGGGUUAACUUCCAGUGAGA